AUGGCGGAAAAAAGAAAAAGAAAAGAAACAGCAUGCGAAUUCUGUCGCGGUCAAAAAAAAAGGUGUGAAGGAGGAAUAAUCGGUGAGGACCCCUGCGAGAAUUGCGGUCGGAAAGGAAAAAGUUGUUCUUACUUAGAAAAUUCUUCAAAAAGUGAUCCAUCAUCUCAUAAUUAUGUCUUGCAACUGCAAACCAAUAAAUCACCAGAAUUUCUAAGCGCUGGAGAUAUUUCACAAAUGCGAUCCGAUUAUCAUGACUUCGGUGGGCCACUAGAAGUUGCAAAUGUGGAUGGUGAUAUCUUACAAACGCAAGUCGAUGAGUCAUCAGAAACUACCAAUGUGGGUGGUGAUAUCUUACAAACGCGGGCCGAUUUUGAUGGUACAAAUGUGGAUGGCGAUAUCUUACAAACCGACUUCGAUGGGUUACUAGAAGUCACAAAUGUGGAUAGUGAUAACUUACAAACGCAAGCCAAUCUCUAUAAGUCACCAGGAUUAGCAAGUAUUGAUAUCGAUGUCUCUCAAUUCCGAAAUGGGUUCGAACUUACAAAUACGGACGGCAAUCAAUCUGAAAUAUCUCUAGAGUAUGUUAAUAGUCUUCAUAAGACCAACAUUCAUCAAGUGAUGAUCAAUAAUGAUAUUUGUAAAGCAUCACAAGUCAUUCAACAAUUAAGCUGUUUAAAUUUAAUUUUAUCGAAGAAUCAAAAUAUGCAAUCUCAAAUGCUUUGGGCAGAACGUCUUGAUAAUCUACAUACGACCUUAGAUUCAUACUCCUCCUACUUUGGUCAAUUAUUAG